ACAUAAUCACUAGAAACACUUGAGUUGAAAACCAACCUCCCCUUCACUGCCAACUUACUUCAAUCUUGGACACUUCCAAAAAGCUCGUAGCAGAUUGGAAUCUUAGCAACACAGAAUUCGAUUUUUAUUCGGAUCUUUUGGAUCGAAGAUUGGAUCGGAGAGGAUAAGAAUGGACCAAUCUGUUCAGACAUAUGAUAAAGAAUGCAUGAAGAUGGCCAUGUUGAAGCAUGAACAAACCUUCAAAGAACAGGUAUAUGAACUUCACAGAUUGUAUCAAAUACAGAAGAUGCUCAUGAAGAACAUGCAAGAUCAAGAAAACAUAUGCUUCAACUAUCAACAACAAAAGAACAAGCUUGAUUUGGAACAGCCUGCAACUAAAGACUAUGCUCAAGAUCAUGUGACAGAAACAUUAAACGAUCAAGAAAUCGAGGAAGACGAGUGCGAAAUCGAGCUGACGUUAGGCCCGACGAGUUUUAACCGGAGACGAAGAACGACGAAUAAGCCCGAAUCAUCGGAUUCGGUGCCGAGUUUUUCAUCAUCUUCUACAGGCUCAAGUCAUAUAAAGAGAAUAGAGAGAAUUACAAGAGAGAAUUCAAGUUUUUUGAGUGGCAACAGAAGGAACAACAGUUCUUCUUCAGAUAGAUCACUCAAACAGCCUCCAUGGAUGUAUCAAGUUCUAAGUUUAAACAUGACUUGAAUCCAAGAAAAUGUUUGGUAUAUUUCAAGAUCUUUUUAGGGUUUUUUUUCUUCACUUUUUCUACUUAUAAACUUUCGACUAAUUGUGAUUGUUUGUUUGUGUGAAACUCUAUAGUUUCUUUCCCCCUUUUCAUCUCAUUGAGUUGAUCUUAGCCUUUAGAAGGUAAAAUCCCCUCUCUCUUCUUCUGGAUAUCUUGCUAUAAUGGCUUGUACACAGUGCAUUGAGAUUUGUACAUUGACCAUUUUGGUCUUCUAGCAAUGAUGGUUGUCUCUGAAGUCUUUAUGUGAA